UGCGCAAAAAUUGGUCGACAAAAAACCGUAUCGAUCAGAUAAAAUUGAUAAUACAAAACCUUCUUAUUGUCUUCUGGUAACUCAGUUCAUAUAAUCUCAACCUUGCUGCAGAUCAUAAAAGCAUUAUAUGAAAUUCCUUCACCGGAACCGAUAGUUGCAUUUAUUUAUCAAAUCAUUGAGAUGAGUACAAAUAUCAAUGAACCGUCGCACGUGUAUUUGUUGGACGAAGGCUUAGAGUUGUGGCUAAUCGUCGUGCAAUACAGCAGAACGAUGAACCAUGACCUGCUGAAACUCUGUGAUAAUUUGCUUCCCUUAAUCGAGCAAUCAUCCAAUAAUCUGCGAACAUGUCUCGCUAUAACCCAGACAUACAUCUUCUUGUGUCCCGACGUAUUUCUACCACAGUAUGGAAAGGAUAUCAUAAAAACCUGCCACUACCUUUUGACUGAUCUGCGUACGGAAGGCGUGAUAGUAAUCUACCGAUUGUUCCUUACCGUUCUGCGAAUUGCACCAAAGUAUUCUAUUGAACUGCUAAGGCCCUACCUGGUUGAAGUAUUCAAGAAAUACUACGAGCACGAAGGAUUCAUCCAAAUCAACCAAAUCUACCUGCAGAUGAUUGCGAGGAUUUUGAUACUCGACCAGGUCACUUUCAGCAUGAUUCUUAGCGAAAUGGGAAUCCCUGAUGCUAUGGAUAAGAUCGUAACGUCUUGGUUGGUGGACAUGCCUGCGGUGGCAAGAAACAACGAGAAAAAGCUUUUGGCCUUAGCUCUAACGAGUUUAAUGACGGUAUCAAGUGAUAUUAUUUUUGAGAACUUCAGUACCAUUAUGGCAAAUAUUAGCGCAACGCUCAACGACAUCACCAACGAAGAUGAGCAGAGUGGUGCUAAAGUAGAUUCCCUCAUUCUUACUGACGAUAACGAGGCAGAAAUAGGAAUGAUGAUGUUCGGCUAUGGGUUUAUUGACACUGAAAAUAUGCAGAACGAAACUCCUCAUUACGAUCGAUGUCGAGCUGUCUGUUUGCAAGAUCCUACGCAUGUUAUUGUAUUAAAGGAUUAUUUACAAAAUCAGCUAAUAACUCUGAAAGGAACGAUUGGAGGAUCGGAGUAGGCUUUGCUCGCGAGUGGACGUGUUUCCGUAUUGUGACAGCACAUUUUUUCCGGAAGAUUUUGUUUUGUGAUUUACGAACUAUUUGUUUGAUCGGAACAUCUUUUUAGUGCGAUUCCGGCAGAUUGACUUUUGGUGUCAAAAAGCACUGUGCAUUAAUAAGAUUGAAGAAAAAGUGCGAAGUGAUGAUUGUCGGAGAAGUAUGUGUUGAUGGCUCUAGAACGGCGUACUGCUUUAUAAAUUAGCUUCCCGUGGUGAUAAGUACAGCCCAAUUAGUUCCACACGGCGUUAUCUUCCAGGAGCAUUUGGUGAGUUUGUUCCUUUUUGAACGGGAUUACAUACGUGGUUAAGAACGGAAAGUUUCCGGAUUCGGAUUCCGGUAUUAUUUAUCGAUUUUAUAGGAUUUCGUGUAUGCUUUAAUAACUGUCGGUAGUUACGUAGUUACGAAGCUGGUUUUGCGCUGAAAUUAGAUUUUUUUUUAUUCGAAGUACAGUAUAUUGUUGAAUUAACGCGUUUAGGCCUGCCGCAUGGCGUUAAAUUUGUCAGGGUUUUUUUUGUUGGGUCGUUUGCGGAUUGAUUGUUACUUACGUGAAAAUGACUUUCAUUCAACACCGGCAUUUUUUUUUUUUUCGUCCCAAUACGAUGACCCUGGAGGGAUCGAUUCUGCUUUUUACUAUUUUCUGAGCAGAAAACCACUACAAGAACUAAAAUCAACUAAACUGUAAUUUAUAAAAUUCGUUUCCCUCUUUGAAUGCCGGCAUUCAAAUGACUAAAUAAUUACCACUUAACCACAAAUGCUCUGGGUCCAUCGCCAGCUUUUCAGGCGAAUCCUGACGUGACCUAAUACCCCUCCCAACCCCUACCUCCGUAGCACUUAUGAGGGCGUCGCUGAGUCGGUGGCCUCUCAUUAAGUAAGUGCUGCAUCAACAUUUCCUUCCCCUAUCCCAAGUUACGGUAAAGAUGGGCGUGGCCAGGAGUAUCAGUACUCAUGCUUUUAGUAAUAUUGUUCAAGAUUGGGCCAAGGUUAACUCCCCAGCCUUGUUCCUGAAAGCAGUCUGGAUGAGAUUAUUAAAUGACACAUGAAUAUUGUUAGUAUCCAAUCUACGAAGUAUACCGUAACUACGCUAACGCUAACGCUAACGCUAACUCUGAAAGGAACGAUUGGAGAUGAACGAUACCAAACACUGCUCUCACGAAUAGAUAUUCAAAUACUGAAGGAGCUCAGCGAUUUCGUUUCGCUAGGGGUGCAGCUUCCAUUACAAGAAGACUUACAUUAACGUUGUGCUUGGCUGCAGUCAUCAUGGCCUUUUAAUCAACUAUUUUAACGUUUCCCAAAUUGAUGUUCUCAUUUAUCAAACUUUUAUUUAUAUCCUGUCCAUCCAUCCUGAAAUAUUGGCAAUGAUGAUACAAACGUAAAUACGCUUCCUUAAGUUGUUAGUCAGUAGAUAUAGAAAGAUUCACAAACUAUCAAACAGCUGUCUACUAUUGGAUGAUAUGUAAACGGUAACGGUCUUAUUUGAAUGAUAUUGUUGAUCAUGAACGUUCGAAACUGUCGAGACAUUUUAAAAAUAUAUGUUUUUUUUUUGAAACA